ACGUGAUCUUGAGGUGGUGUGUCUUUCUAAAAGAGUGGUACCUUGCGGCAGUCCUACUUUAUCCAGAAAGGGUUACCACUUCAGAAAUUCAAAUCAUGGCAUUUUCAGCGAAGGAAGGCCUGCUUCUCUUGGUUUGGUGCUGUUUGGCGUUUUCAGGCGUUAAAGGUGCCCAGUGGGGUAAAGUUCAUAUUCCACAGAAGGGAAACAGUGGCCUCUAUUGCGAAGAUGUGUCCUUCAGCAAGAGUUUUACCAAAGGAUCACCUGUGCGAGUGUAUAUCUCAGCCAAUCACGGAGAAAUUCCGUCGAAAGUCCACGAUACGUCUUUUAUUUGGGUGGAAGACGUGACAACAAGCGGUUUCAAGGCCUGUCUGGUGCUCGGUGGCCAAGGUAACGGAGGUAACACCAGCAUCGAUUGGUUUGCUUUCCAAGGUUCCCAAUCAGGAGUUUACGAUGGAUCGGCUAGUUUUAGCUUAUUUACGACUGGAACGCAAUGCAAAAAAGUGAUUUUUCCCAAGGCCUUUUCGACGAUUCCUACAGUUCAGGUCACUGUCCAACAUGGAACCAAAAAGCAAAAGCAGGAUGCCAUGCAUGUUUGGAUGGAAAAUGUUACCAUCAACCAGUUCGAGGUUUGCUUGCGAGAAUCAAGGGCAUUAGAUGGCGGGCACAACAAAAUUGUAGUGAACUGGUUAGCGUACGAGAAUUAUUCAUCCUCGUGGGAAGCUAAAGAGUCACAUAAGCUAGUAUUUCUCAAGAGUGAGGUACCAGCUGCAGAAAAUAAUUAUGCUUUGUGCAUGACUAUCAAGUUUAAAGAGCCAUUUUUUAAGUCACCCGUGGUACUUGCAACAGUCCUCAAUGGAGACAGUAACAAUGGCAACGUAGCUUGCUCUCACAAGGGUCCUUUGGCAAAUUGGCUGGAGGUACAGUUUCUUCAUAUACUUAAAAAGAAAAAGUAGAAAACAAUUUUAACACAUUUCACGGACAACUAGAUUAACACCUCAUUGAAAUUUCAACUUUUACACAACAUUGUCGAU